ACGGCAAGGGCGCGAGCGGGCCGAAAGGCGACGGCAAGAGCGAGAAGGGCACCGCGAGCGAGGUCACCAACGACGGCUGGAGCCAUGUCGGCGCAUCGAGAUCAGGCAGCCCAGCGCCUUCAACGGUCGGACCAACGGCAAGCCAGAUUGGAGCUCAAGGGCCGCAUCAGCCUGGAGUUGGAGCAAUCGCGCAGCAGGAGGUGAUCUACGAGAGCGAGUCGGAGCAAGCCUACGAGGGCGAGUGGGCGAGAGGCUGCAUCUUCGCGAUCACGACGACGGAGCACAAGAAGGUUCACUGCACGGUCUCAGACGGCGCCUGGAACGCCCCGUGGACGCUGGCGGACAACCGCGCAGACGAGCACGUCUGCGGUCGAGGCGGCCCCCCGCGCGCGCCGAGCAAGGGCCCGAAGCUGACGGUCGCUGACGGUAAUCCCCUGCAGCGCUGCGGCUCGAAGACGGCGACGCUGCGCAUCGCGGGUGGCAGGGGGGGCGUCGUGGAGUUCCAGGUCAGCGACCAUUGCGCGCUGGAGUGCCUGGCGAAUGUCUACGACGACGCGGAGGAGGUCCGCGCGGAGAUGGCGCUGCUGGCGCCCGUCGGGGCG